AUGGCAAGCCUACUCCGGCGAUCCGCAGUACCCGCACGCCAGCUCCUCCUCCUCCCGCGCCACCUCGCCGCCGCAGCCGGCUCCGCCCCCGCCUCGUCCCGCUCCUUCUCCCGCUUCCACUCCCGCGACGACAGCUCUAUGUUCGACCCGCCGGAGCCGCCGGUGAACUGGGGCGUGAGCAUAGUCCCGGAGAAGAAGGCUUUCGUCAUCGAGAGGUUCGGGAAGUAUCUCAAGACGCUCGGCUCCGGGUUCCACCUCCUGAUCCCCGCCGUCGACCGUAUCGCCUACGUGCACUCGCUCAAGGAGGAGACCAUCCCCAUCCCCCACCAGAACGCCAUCACCAAGGACAACGUCACCAUACAGAUCGACAGCGUCAUCUAUGUCAAGAUCAUGGACCCCUACCUUGCUUCCUAUGGUGUGGAGAAUCCAAUCUACGCUGUCCUACAACUUGCACAAACAACCAUGAGAAGUGAACUUGGGAAGAUAACCUUAGACAAGACUUUUGAGGAGAGAGAUGCAUUAAAUGAGAAAAUUGUGAGUGCCAUCAAUGAGGCAGCCACAGAUUGGGGCCUGAAGUGUAUCCGCUAUGAGAUCAGGGACAUAACUCCUCCAACAGGGAUCAAGCAGGCUAUGGAGAUGCAGGCUGAAGCAGAAAGGAGAAAGCGCGCCCAAAUCCUCGAGUCUGAAGGGAAGAAACAGGCCCAAAUCCUUGAAUCCGAAGGGAAAAAAACUGCCCAGAUCCUUGAAUCUGAAGGAGCUAUGUUGGAUAUAGCAAACCGUGCGAAGGGUGCGGCCGAAGCAAUUCUUGCCAAGUCAGAAGCUACUGCUCGUGGAAUGAGAUUGGUUUCAGAUGCGAUGACAACUGAAGGCAGUGCCAAGGCUGCUAGCCUAAAACUUGCAGAGCAAUACAUCGAAGCGUUCUCAAAUCUGGCACAAAAGACAAAUACAAUGCUCCUUCCAGGUGACAGUGCCAGCCCAGCAUCUUUCGUGGCCCAGGCGAUGAAGACGUAUGAGCAUAUCCAUUCCCACAACCAGGCAUUAAAGAGCCACCCCCAGAUAGAAGAGCUGGAGGAAUCAGGAGAGAUCAGUCCUGCUGCCCCAUCUUCUGAGGCGAGCACGAUGCCACCACUCAUUGAGGAAGCAGACUCUAACCAGACCUUCACGCUGCAACGCCCCAAGAACAAGAAGAAAUGGACCCGCAUGUCAGUGGAAGGAGGCCACGCCCACGUUGCGAGUCCAGAACCAGAAGCCAUGGCCUUGAAAUACCCCGCCUCCGCCGCCUUGGCGUGGUGCCCAAACGACGCCACCGUCCUGCUCUGCCAACGAACACCUGCUCUGCUCUCGCCGCUCCCUCCCAUUCCGAAUCCCCUCCCCGCAACAGCCCGGCGGUCAUCUGCCCCACCACCACCACCACCAGGCGAUGGAUCUCUUGCCCGACGGGGCCUUCGUGCGGCUGGAGAGCCGCGUGACAGGCAAGUACGUCCACGCCGACGAGGACUGGGAGAGGGUCUCCCUGCGCCCGAACGGACCCGUCCCAUCCCUGAACGCGGUGUGGCGGGUGGAGCACUGGGUCUCGCCGGACCAGGGGAACACCUUCGUCCUCCUCCAGAACGCCGCCUACGGCCGCUACCUCUCGUUCUCGAUGCGGAAGGCGCAGACCGGCCACCGUGGCCGCCGCACCACCCAGAUGGACCGCAGCGAGCCCAACGUGCUGCAGAACCUCAACGCCUACCCGUGGAUGUGGACGUCGAGAGGCUGAACCCCCCCGACCAGGACUACGUCAGCCUGCGCUACCUCACCUGCUACCUCCGCGCCAACGGCAGGUACCUCCCCUGGAACAUCCGCGUCACCGCCGACGUCGAUCCAGACGCCCCCAGGGUCACCACCAUGAUGCACUGGACGGUCCACCAAGUCGCAGCGAGCCCGGUACCGCAACCCCUUCCGCUUACACUUGAGGAUCAGGGAGCCCCCGGUGGCCUGUUGUUUCCGCAUCCGCCGCGGACGAUCCGGCACGUGCGGGCGAGCGAUGAAGGGGAGUUUGACCAGAACCAUCACAACUGGCCCUCAUUCGCUUUCUACGACAGCUCCGUGACCAACCUGAGGUACGAGCUGGUGCAACUUCAGCACGACUUGAAGUGGAACGAGGACAUGUCCGCCUACACGCUGUGCAUGCUGCCCGGCUCGCAUGGGCGGCUAAUGCCGCUGGUCACCGACGACCUGCCUAGCAGCUUAGAUUCCAUGAACAUCGUCGUCUUCAGGACCGAAUCACCAGUAUCCUCUUCAUGGCUUUUUGGGGCUCUACAUUUUAGUCAACUUGUGAUUGAGGUAAUGGUUUACUUCGUUUGGUGCUGCGGCAUUAGUGUAUCCCCAGAUAGAUGCACCAGCACAGUAGAGGAGUACGAGAGCGGAACUUCUGACAACGUUGAAAUUCAUCUCUUCGGCAACCAAAAGCAUUUAAGCACUGUUGCCCCUGAUACUGUGACAUGA